AUGAGUCUGUAUACACCAGGCGAUGAUACGGGGUCAUUUAUCAUCGAUGCGGACAUGUCUUACAUUCGUGGAGAGCCGCUGAGAGAAACAGGACAUGGUUCUCAGGACCUUGAUCUGGAGAUUACAGUGGGCGAGGGACAACUGACUUUGCGACACACGAUUGCAAUCAAUUCAUCAUCGAUCGAGCUGGACUUUCCACUACACAGUCUUGCUCCGCACUCUCGACCCUACAGUGUAACCCUCAAAGCUACACGUCCGAACUGUGAUCGUGCGUAUACAGCGACCACUCAAGUAUAUCACUUGCCAAAGCGGGCAGAUGGGGGCAGUGUCACGAAGGUUGACAGUCUAUAUGGCGGACUGCUGGUUCAGAACAAGUCCGAUGACUCCUCUCCAUGGAGUCCCCUCUUGCCGUAUUCCUUUUACGUGAGCUGGGAUGGAUGGCUGAAGAAGUCCCUUAGCAACGUGCAGAAGUUCAAAGACCAGGGUUAUAACAUCAUCCAUAUCGUCCCGAACGCCGGACUGGCUAACCAAGCCUUCAAUUUCACCGAACUGAACAUGUUCCUGGACAAAUGCGACGAGGUCGGCCUGUGGGUAAUGUACGACAUGCGCUGGACGUACCAGAAUCUCACCUCCGUGCGCGACCAGGUCAACAUGCUCAAGACACGGAAGAGCAUGCUGCUUUGGUAUACCGGCGAUGAGCCCGAUGGCCAGGGCGAUCCGCUGAACGCAACUCGCGUCACUUACGACCUGAUCAAGUCCCUGGAUCCAUGGCACCCGGUAUCGCUGUGCUUGAACUGCUUCAACUUCUACUACGAAGAAUACUCGUCUGGCGCCGACAUCAUUCUGUCGGACGUAUACCCGAUCGCCGUCAACACCAGCUGGUCGGAAGUCUACGGCACGCCUUGCAACACGACCUACGGCUGCUGCGGCUGCGACGACUGUGAAGGAACCCUCGACGACAUCUCCGUCCGCCUCGACCGAUUCGUCGAGUACCAGACCUGGAUCGGCACCGGGCCCAAGUCCAUCUGGGGCGUGCCGAUGGCAUUCGGUAACGAGUCGUUCUGGUCGCGGUAUCCCACGGCCGCGGAGGAAGUGACCAUGACGAUGCUGAGCGUGAAUCAUAAUGCAAAGGGCAUCGUGAUGUGGGACUACCCGACGACGACUGAGCUAGAGCGGGUAACAAGUCAAUUGAGCCGGGUUCUUGCGAGCGAGGAGGUUGUGAGAUUCCUAUUGGGUGCGCCGACGGUUGCACUGCAGGCGACAGGCCCUUCGAAAAUGGAUGUUGCUAGUUGGAGGCUGGGUACGCAAAUGGUGGUCAGCAUUUUAUCCUUGCAGACGCCGGCAUGGUUGUCCAAUGUGUCAGUGACGCUGCCGGAGGGGGCUCGUGCUGUUCACAAGGUGCUCUGGGGAUCGGGGGAUUGGCGGUUAAUCGAGGGUCAAUUAGUCAAGACAGGUGGACGAGGACUAGAGACAGACUUGGUGAUUGUCGAGUUUGAUGCUGAUCAGUAA